CAGGCGCAUUUGGCAAGCCAUCCCAUCGCGUCACCACAGUCAUUGUCAACAAGAUCUGCUUGCACAUUGAAGACUUUCCUUCACCUGAAUUAACUCCCAGCCGCAAGUAUCUUUUGGUCCUGAAGGAUCGACUUCACAUUGUCCGUGAUUAUCUCGUUACGCAGCAUCAGGAGCAACACAAUGUAUAGCGAUUGCACUGCGAUCACCAUAUGAGCCGACAGUCCACGAGCCAACAUCGCGCCGCGAGCGACCCGAUUCGACCGUCGUUCCCUUUCUGAUGGGACUCUGAUUCGACCUUAUCACAUACAACCCUAGCUGAGAGGGCAGUCGCGUCAAAUCCUCUACCAGAAUACCGCGUCGCACGAGCACGCCGACGAGCCAAAGCGCCCCAUUCACCAAGGCGUCAAACCGAAACAACGCAGUCGAUAUGAUAGCAACACUUCCCAGCGCCUCGCAUGCUGCCUGGCUCGAAUCCCUUGACGAGGAUUGGCCUUCAUCGCCUCUUUCCAAUGGAGAAUUGCCCUCCAAUCACGAAAACCUCGAUAGCCCAACCAGAGAUGGCCGAGAUGCGCCACUAGGCGUCUCCGGGCGCACAAAGCUCGAAUCGCGACACAGUUUAAGGAACUCUCAACAUGACAAGGCAGCGGGUUCCGUCCGAUUCUUCGAUGCGAACAAGGCCAAGGACACGGCUGGGGCUGACUUGGACUCUGACGACCACGUGCUCAGAGAAGAGAGCGCCAAUGACUCGAACAGGCGCAGCAGUAUACUCAUGACGAACAACAAGUCACCUACAUUCUCUUCUCGAGGGAGUCAGAGGAGUUUUGGCGGCAGCGUGAGAAGAGGCAGUCGCCGCGACUCUUCGACCUCCGAUGGAUCAGUGGUCCGCCAUCCAGGCCUUGGGGAGGAGCGUGUUGGUGCAGCGUCAAGCCAAACACCGGAGUGGAAGCGUCGCUUGGUCCUGGGCGGCUUGCAAUAUGGCGAGCAGCGUGAUCUGUUCUCAUCGGCAGCCAACGGCUUGCAGGACAUGUUCAACCCCCCGCCUGCUGACUCUGCUGACUCUGCGGACGACAACGACGAGGACAUUGCAGUGAGCCCAGCCGCUGUGGAACCAGAGACAAGUCCCGCCACUUUCGAAGAUCGUCGAGCCAGCUAUGAUCUCGCAGAGGAAGUUUCGAAGAUGGAGCAGGAGGAAUGCGAAAGUCCCGGUUUUGACCGCCUCGCUUCACCAAGUCCCAGUCCUCGACGGCCGAAGCGACAGAAUGCUUCGCGCCCCGGCAGUUCCCACCACGGGCAUACGCACUCGCCGUCCUUGAGCCUCGCCGCAGGACGUACAAAGGCCAUGGGGCCCGAGGUCAGGAUUUACAGGGACGCGAGCUGCUUCACUGCAUCGUCUGCUGGUAGGAACGUGCGUGCCAAUAAGAGUGGCUACAACGACAGCAAUGAGAGCUUCAGCGAGAUAAAACUGGGCAUGGAGAAGGACGCGACAGGUCAAUUGCAAUUCACCCCUCGUACACUGGGGCAUCAUGACCUCACACAAAGGCUGGAAAGACUCCGCCUCAACCAGGACAGCGCAUUGUUCAAGGAAAAUCGGAGAUCUGCCAGGGGUUUUUCGGCAGGCAUUCUCAAGCACCACGACGACGACGCACGCACAAAACGCGGGGUGACCAUUGCUGAAGAUGUCUCUGAGCUGGGCGCCGGAUCCUCUGCCAACACUGAUCAAGGCACAACUUCAGCCCCCAACCAGUCUCUACAGUUCGAAAACCAAUCCUCCCACUUUGACCCCAACGACUCCAACAUUAUCAUGAACUCGACGCCGCUGAGCAAGUUUACCAUGUCCUGCAAAAGUCGACAACAUCCAGAGAUGGAAAACAACGUCGAUAUAUCACAUGGUCUUAGUCCGAUUCACUACAGAGCGCCCGGGAGCCCCUUGAAGCUCUUUGGGCCUUACGACACCUAUACCAACCAGACCUUACUCCGGCGUAUUAGCCAAUUUGAGGAGGGAACACCGUACACAUCUUCCGCGCACGAACCGUCCGAUGUUGACGAGGGGAUCGAACCAGUGAAACAGUCGGCUCACAUCCGGACACCGGCACGGCAGGCUCACCCAGAGAUGCGCGAUAGCUCGAGUCCCGAGGACUUUGGGUCGGGCAAGCUGGAUGGCUACAAGUUCACGACCUCGCUCCGGUCCCCUAUGCUAGACCAGCAGUCUUCAGCCCACAAGCCGACCGGCCAUGGUUUAUCACACGGGCAUAUGCGGAAACAAGUGCAUCUCACGCGCCCAGGUUCAUCAUCAAGCGAAGGAUCAGGGAUCUUCGUUCGACGUCGGCGAGAGCGUGCCGAGACGCUGUCAAGCCAAUCCAAUGUGGAGUUUGGGGGUAAACGACCGCGCACAUCUCCUGAAAAGGUGUCCACUCCCAAGAGGAGACGGACGCAUCAGGAGAGAACGCAGGACUUCCUCGACGAAGCCACAAGGAUCAUGGCUGCCAUUAGGAACCAAGUGCAUGGCAACGAGAGCGUGGCUUCGGAGUCGGGCUCAGAGUCGGAACAAGAGCCAUUCUCCCGCCCGCCCAGUCGAGGUGAACCACUGCCAUCGAGGCGCAAUGUCUUUGCUGAACAAACACCUGAAAUCGCCGCCCGGUUGAGACGCUACAAGGAGGCGACCAGUGACAUGGAUGAGCUCGUGUCGAACGAGCCAUCGUCCCCUGCUUCACGCGAGCUGCUGAGUCCACGGAGCCAGGGAUCUGGCCAUGAGCAGGACAGCUACGGAGCAUAUGGUCUACCAAUGGUGCCGUCGUUAGCGGAUGCGAUCAUUAGCGACAUACCGAAUGUGCGUAUCUCGACCAACCCCAAUACUCGCUACUCGUCGCAGUCGUACAACUCGUUUGGCUCCGACCUCCACAGCAACGGCUCUUAUCGAACAGGCUCCUCGCGCGGUUCUGACACCAGGAAAACCAUUGUGCCUGAAAGCGUCUCACACCUCAUAGGUGACAGAGUUGGGAGCAUGCGUCUGGACAAGGGAAACAAUGUGUGGGUCAAGGAGAAGGGCUUUGUUCAAGAGACAUGCACUCCGGUACCGCAGAGCGAUAGCGAGGACGAUCCGUUCGCCAGUAUCCCCGACCUGUCAGUGGACGCAGUGCGCGAGUUGGACCAUCUCAAUCUGGCCUCGCCACGCAAGGAAAGCACCCUUGCAGACAUGGAGCCGCUUCGAGCACCCGACAGCUCUACGCCAGCACGGCCCAAGGUCACCUUCCGGCCAGUGUCGCGAAUCGAUGAGCAUGACGAAGAUAGCACCGUGGAACUUCCCCAUCACCAAUCGGAAGUCCGACUUCCAAAUCAGCAGCUUAGCCUCGUUGCGGAGCAGAGUCUCGUCAGCCAUCAUUACCCUACGCCUGACGGCGGCCAUGCCAAUGUCAGUCUUGUCCUGAACCAAACGCCUAUUCAUGGGAGUGGCCUCGACAGGGUGCGCCACAACGCAUUGUCCCUCAGGCGAGAGGACGAGGCGAUCAUUGGAAGCAACGUUGGCAAACUCUCGCUGAGUCCUCUAUCCGAUUUUACCUUCCAUCAUAAGAAUGACCAGUCGUUCGGAUUCGAGGUCAGCUAUGUGAUGGGCGACCGCCACUUCAAGACGGGCAAUGAUGCACAGCCGACCAUGUCAAUCAGCCUCAGGACACUUGUUGAGAAGCUUGCACAAGCCGAGCCGCAAGAGUCGUACUGGGAGGAGCUGACUGAGCUAGACUUGAGCGGCAUGGAUCUCGCAAGCCUACACCAGCUGGACGAAUUCUGCCCCAGGCUCGUAAAGCUAGACGUUUCCCAGAAUGCACUCUCAAACCUUGACGGGAUCCCGGGCACGGUGAGGGAGCUCAAGGUUUGCGGCAAUCGGCUGACGGAACUGACGAGCUGGGAUCAUCUUCCCAACCUGCAGUAUGUUGACUGCUCCCAAAAUGAUCUCCGAAGCCUGUCUGGACUCCGCAAUCUGCAUCACCUGCGCAGCAUCAAAGCCGACAAGAAUCACCUCAAGAGCAUCAACGACCUCGAUAAGCACGCAGGCUUGCUGUCUCUUCGAGCCCGGGACAAUGAGAUUGAAGAAGCCGAUUUUGCGCGGUGCCAGCUCGCACGGGUCACCGAGGUCGAUCUUGAAGGGAACAGCAUCACUUGGGCGCGCAACUUGCACUGCGCCCCUGCGCUAGCUCACAUCAAGCUGACCAGGAACCGCCUGUGUCAGUUGGAGUUCAAGAGCGUCGUCCCGGCCUUGAAGCACCUUGACAUCAGCCACAACCAGGUCGCUUCCAUUGACUUGACGAACGUGCCGAAUCUCACGCUUUUCCAUGCCGAUAGCAACCGGUUCGGUGACAUUCGGGGCUGCGACGUCACGCGGAGACUGGACAGCCUCUCGCUCCGGGAACAGCAAGGAGAGCAGCCAAUUGACAUGAGCUUCCUGACGGCUGCCAACGAAGUUCGGAAGCUCUACCUGUCUGGCAACUUUAUAGGUGCCUUUGCGCCGCGGGUCGACAUGCUCAACCUUCAGCUCUUGGAGCUGGCUAGCUGCGGGCUGCAGUUCCUGCCGGACAACCUGGGCCAGCUGAUGCCGAACCUGAGGAGCGUGAAUCUGAACUUCAACUCGAUCCCCGACAUUCAGUGCCUCGCCUUCAUCCCGAGGCUCAAGAAGCUACUGGUGGCCGGGAAUCAGAUCAAGGAUGCAAGAGUCAUGGAAGAGCUGGUCUCCAUGUUCCCGCACCUGACGCAGGUGGACACCCGAGACAACCCGUUCACCCAGGGAUUCUAUGUGCCCCUGUGCUCGCUCUCCUCGGAAGGCCGGCACGACCCGUUUGUCUUGCCCGAGGCAGACGCACAGAAGGAUGCUGCCUUUGCGGGUCGCCUGAUUAUGGAGAUGAAGAUGAGGCGGAGGGUGCACCACAUUGCGUUUGCUGCUAGGUGCAAGAAGCUCAGAAUGUUGGACGGCCUGGAGAUGUCCACCAAGAAGGCAUUGGCGCAGGACGAUAUUCUGCGCAAGCUGAUGGAGGCUGACAUUGUGCCCCUACUUGGGGGCGAGGAGAAUUAA